CGGCGAUGGGCAACCUGGAGAGCACUGAGGGGGGCCCGGCCCAGCCGCCCUCUCUGCCGCUGCUGCUGCCGCCGGGCAAGAUGCCGAUGCCCGAGCCCUGCGAGCUGGAGGAGAGGUUCGCGCUGGUGCUGAGCUCCAUGAACCUGCCUCCUGACAAGGCCCGGCUCCUGCGGCAGUAUGACAAUGAGAAGAAGUGGGAUCUCAUCUGUGACCAGGAACGAUUCCAGGUGAAGAACCCUCCCCACACUUACAUCCAGAAACUCCAGAGCUUCUUGGAUCCCAGUGUAACUCGGAAGAAGUUCAGGAGGAGAGUGCAGGAGUCAACCAAAGUACUAAGGGAGCUGGAGAUCUCACUUCGCACCAACCACAUUGGGUGGGUACGGGAGUUUCUGAACGAUGAAAACAAAGGCCUGGAUGUGCUGGUGGAUUACCUGUCCUUUGCCCAGUGUUCUGUCAUGUUUGACUUUGAGGGUCUGGAAAGUGGUGACGAUGGUGCAUUUGACAAGCUCCGGUCCUGGAGCAGGUCAAUCGAGGACCUGCAGCCGCCCAGCGCCCUGUCGGCCCCCUUCACCAACAGCCUCGCUCGCUCUGCGCGCCAGUCUGUGCUCCGGUAUAGCACUCUCCCUGGGCGCAGGGCCCUGAAGAACUCCCGCCUGGUGAGCCAGAAGGAUGACGUCCACGUCUGUAUCCUUUGCCUCAGAGCCAUCAUGAACUAUCAGUAUGGAUUCAACCUGGUCAUGUCUCACCCCCACGCUGUCAAUGAGAUCGCACUCAGCCUCAACAACAAGAAUCCCAGGACCAAAGCCCUCGUCUUAGAACUCCUAGCAGCUGUGUGUUUGGUGCGGGGAGGUCACGAAAUCAUCCUUGCUGCAUUUGACAAUUUCAAAGAGGUGUGCAAGGAGCUGCACCGCUUUGAGAAGCUGAUGGAGUAUUUCCGGAAUGAGGACAGCAACAUCGACUUCAUGGUGGCCUGCAUGCAGUUCAUCAACAUCGUGGUGCACUCAGUGGAGGACAUGAACUUCCGGGUUCACCUGCAGUAUGAGUUUACCAAGCUGGGGCUAGAGGAGUUCCUACAGAAGUCAAGGCACACAGAGAGCGAGAAGCUGCAGGUGCAGAUUCAGGCAUACCUGGACAACGUGUUCGAUGUGGGGGGUUUGCUGGAGGAUGCUGAGACCAAGAACGUAGCCCUGGAGAAGGUGGAGGAGCUGGAGGAGCAUGUGUCCCAUCUCACAGAGAAGCUCCUGGACCUAGAGAACGAGAACAUGAUGCGGGUCGCAGAGCUAGAGAAGCAGCUGCUGCAGCGAGAAAAGGAGCUGGAGAGCAUCAAGGAGACGUAUGAGAACACAAGCCACCAGGUGCACACCCUGAGAAGGCUCAUUAAAGAGAAGGAGGAGGCCUUCCAGCGACGAUGCCACUUGGAGCCAGGUGCCCGGGGCUUGGAGCCUGUGGGCAGCGAGGCCUUGGCCAGGGUAGGCCCUGCAGAGCCGAGUGAGGGCAUGCUACCUUCCGACCUGGACCUCCUGGCUCCAACCCCACCCCCUGAGGAGACCCUACCUCUGCCUCCACCACCGGCUCCUCCACUGCCCCCUCCGCCUCCACCGUUACCAGACAAGUGUCCCCCCGCCCCACCUCUCCCCGGUGCUGCGCCCUCUGUGGUGUUGACAGUGGGCCUGUCAGCCAUACGCAUAAAGAAACCUAUCAAGACCAAGUUCCGGCUGCCUGUCUUCAACUGGACAGCGCUGAAACCCAACCAGAUCAGUGGGACCGUCUUCAGUGAACUUGAUGAUGAGAAGAUCUUGGAGGACCUGGACUUGGACAAGUUUGAAGAAUUGUUCAAGACGAAAGCCCAGGGCCCUGCCCUUGACCUCAUUUGCUCCAAGAGUAAGACAGCGCAGAAGGCUGCCAGCAAGGUGACCCUGCUAGAAGCCAAUCGUGCCAAGAACCUGGCCAUCACUCUGCGCAAGGCUGGCCGCUCAGCUGAGGAGAUCUGCAGGGCCAUCCACACGUUUGACCUGCAGACACUACCUGUGGACUUCGUGGAGUGCCUGAUGCGCUUCCUGCCCACAGAGGCUGAGGUGAAGCUGCUGCGGCAAUAUGAGCGAGAGCGGCAGCCCCUGGAGGAGCUGGCGGCCGAGGACCGCUUCAUGCUGCUCUUCAGCAAGGUGGAGCGGCUGACCCAGCGAAUGGCCGGUAUGGCCUUCCUGGGCAACUUCCAGGACAAUCUGCAGAUGCUCACCCCGCAACUCAACGCCAUCAUUGCAGCCUCUGCCUCCGUCAAGUCAUCCCAGAAGCUGAAGCAGAUGUUAGAGAUCAUACUUGCACUAGGGAACUACAUGAAUAGCAGUAAGCGGGGAGCUGUGUACGGCUUCAAGCUCCAGAGCCUGGAUCUGCUGCUGGACACCAAAUCCACCGACCGGAAGAUGACACUGCUGCAUUUCAUCGCCUUGACGGUGAAGGAGAAGUACCCAGACCUGGCAAACUUCUGGCACGAGCUGCACUUUGUGGAGAAGGCUGCAGCGGUGUCCCUGGAGAAUGUGCUGCUAGAUGUGAAGGAGCUGGGCCGGGGCAUGGAGCUAAUUCGGCGGGAAUGCAGCAUACACGACAACAGCGUCCUUCGGAACUUCCUCAGCACCAACGAAGGGAAACUGGACAAGCUCCAGCGGGAUGCCAAGACGGCCGAGGAGGCCUACAAUGCAGUUGUGCGCUACUUUGGUGAGAGUCCCAAGACCACACCUCCUUCUGUAUUCUUCCCAGUGUUUGUCCGAUUCAUUCGUUCGUACAAGGAAGCAGAACAGGAGAAUGAAGCCCGCAAGAAGCAGGAGGAGGUGAUGCGGGAGAAGCAGCUGGCUCAGGAAGCCAAGAAACUGGAUGCCAAGACUCCAUCCCAGCGGAACAAGUGGCAACAGCAGGAACUAAUUGCAGAGUUGAGGCGGCGCCAGGCCAAGGAGCACCGGCCUGUUUACGAGGGGAAGGACGGUACCAUUGAGGACAUCAUCACAGUGUUGAAGAGUGUCCCUUUCACGGCCCGUACUGCCAAGCGGGGCUCACGCUUCUUCUGCGAUGCAGCCCACCAUGAUGAGUCAAACUGUUAGCCCCCAAGGCUGGGGCCCCUGACAGGCCUCCACCAUCAGCCCAUUGUUGUUCGCCACCAAGCCAGGAGUGCGGCACCGCCCAGCGGCCCACCACGGGCUCCAGGCCCCCACUGAGACCCUCCUGGGGCAAAAGCACUUCAACCCUGCAAGUCUCGCCAAUGGGCCUGGAGCCUUGGCAUCAGCUGAGGGCCCAGCAGAGGACUGCAUGCUCUCAGCCGUCUCCACACCAGCUCUCGGGGCUGGAUCUUCCCUGCACCACUGUGGGCAUUCCCCGCGCCACUGUGGGCAUUAGGUCUAUAAGGGCAGGCAAGUCCCUGCCACCUCUAGUACUGCACUUUGCCCCCAAGGUCUUCAACUUCAUUUCCUGAAAGGCCAUUAAGGGUCAGCUCAGGGCUGGGAAAACCCAUGUCCAGUUUCAGCCCCUCGGGGGCACCUCGGCGCCUUUAUAACAAGAGCCCAGAGGGAUGAGAGGAGAAAGCAAUAAUCCCUUUUUAUUUUUUCCUUUUCUGCAGUCCCAUGGCCAGCUCUGGCACAGAAGGAUCCAGGCUUAGGGAGUCCUGGGACCCUGCCUGUCUCAGAUCAUCCCCUACCAGGAGGAAGGCCCUUUUAAGCCUGGACCUCGCCCAGCUGUGCCCUAGUGACAAGGGUAGAGGCGAUUCCUUGGCCCAUUUCAUUCUAGCCUGGCUGGCCUUGCUGAGGUGGGCAGAACAGAGGGUUUUUCCUGCACCAGCCCUGAAAGGGCAUGCUGACUGCAUCCUCACUGUCCUUCCUCAGCCAGGUGGUUUUGUUCUGUUCUGUUCUGUUCAGAGGGCAGGGAGCACAGUGGUCUUAGCUAACUGGCGCUCAGCUCCCUAUCAGUUCUUCUCAGCCUCUGGAAGGGAACAUGAGGGCCCAGUUCUUUUUGUAAUGUACCACUUCCCUUCUCCCUUGUACAUAAACCCGAGACCUUCCCCCUCUUAACAAAGGCGUAAAGUACCAGGCCUGACUGACUCCUCUUUCUGAGCCUGGGGGGGGGCAAGGUGGCCACUUAGCCUGCCUGGCCCAUGGGUAUAAGUGCAUCUGUUCCAGGGAGAGGAGCUCAGAUCCUGGGAGGACUGGGAGGGCUGGAUGCUCCCACCACACAAAGGGAGACCGGCCUGCUAUGAGACACUGGUGCCCUCUGCUGGGCAUGUGCACACCUGUCCAGUGCCUAACUUGCCCUGGUGGCACAUGGAGAGGACAAAAGAGCCAUUGGCCAAGUUAUAAAUAUUGUUAUUUAAAAAACAAAAACAAACACACAUACAUUGGGUCCCAGGGCUGGAGGAAACAGUGGAGCCCCAGGGCCAGGGCAGGCAGGAGCAGGCACUGAUGCUAGAGGCUGGGGACCCUGCCCCUGCCACCCAGGCUAUGUCCACCAGCCUAUCACUUGCCCCUUGAGACCCCUUCACUCACUUCAUCUACAGGCAUCACCCACCCCGCAUGACACAGAGUGCCCAGCUCUGGAGGGCCCUCGAACACCGAGAGCAACCUCAAGAGGUGUCAAGGUGUGUUGGGAGUAGGGUUACUCUAAGAAAGGUGGGCACAGACCAGACUAAGGAAGGAGUCUGAGGCAGCCGCUGAGGGUGGCCUGGAGCCUCAUCCUCACACAGACCCAAGGCAGAGAACAGCUCUCUGGGUCACUGGUGGUCGUCCAGCUGUUGUAGGAGUGUCCGCCGCC